AUGGCUGAUAAAAUAAGAGAAAGAAAUCAAUAUAAUUUAUUAAAAUCAAAAUAUAAUGGUAUUGGUAAUUCAGAUACUACACGUCAAGAAUUUCAAACUACAAUUUAUAAUGAUUCAAUUGCAAGUUUAGCUCAUCAUAAUCAUUUAUUAGUAUAUAAUUCAAUUAUAACAAAUAAACAUCCAUUAUUAUUAAAACAGGAACUAAUUAAGAAAUUAAAACAACCACCAAAAUAA